AUGUCUCUGCUGUUCCCAUUCCUGACGUUAGCGCUAUUUAUUUGCCAAACAUAUUCAGCUGGAGGAUGUGACCUAAACUUGCCACCAAAAUCAUGGACCGUAACGAAGGCCAGGGGAAUAACAAGGGUUGCUACGAUUGGCGCUCGACUUGGCCAGCAGUACUGCAUAUCGAAAGAUGAGCAAUAUGACAUUCUCGAAAUUGACUACCAUAUUGAUCUUCCUAGCAACUACAAAGUUCAAUCAGUUUCUUAUAUGAGAACCAUGGAAUUCCAAAACGAACUAAAACUGGGAAAAUCCAAUUUGGGAGAUAACCCUCAUAACAAAUGUAACUCAACGGACCCCUCCAUCGUGGUCUGUUUUCCGUUUUGCAGACGUGACUAUGAGCAAAUGGUCGUAGAUGCAGCUUUAUCAUCUGGAGAUGCUGAUGUAGUGGCCAAAAAGAUCAAAGAGUCGCUAAAUAAACGAAUGUGGGCGAUAACCGUGCUAGAUGUCGAUUACACAAAUCCACAGACAAAAAUCAAUGCAACGAUGUUUUUGGAGUUCACUACAUGGUGUAGUGUCUACAUUGGAAGAAAUCCACCACCGCCACAAGCUCCCUAUCUUUUUGAGAUUCAGCUAGCAAAAAUCAUGCCAUUUUGGGUUGGAAAUUGAUAUGAUCAGUAGGUGUAGACAGAUGUAUCGUAAACGCAAAACUGAUUAGUAAGUGUUGGAUAGGCGUGUCACCGUACGCAGAGACAGGGCGCGACGGCGGACGCUGUCGACACUCUCGGGUCAGGCGGCUCUUUCAUCUCUCUUACGUCGUCUGCCUCUCCAAACGCAUAGUGUCUUAGUACGCGACUGCGACCAGCCUCUGCCUGCACUGACUCGUCUAUAGUCUAUUUGCUGUACUACCACUUCAACUGUUUUUCUAUGCGAUCCGAAUAAAUCUCAAAACUCAUAUUAUCAUCUAUUCAAUGACUAGGAGACGCGGGACCGCAUUGUGGUCAUCGUCUUAACAGGUUUGAGUUUGUUCUUCC